UGAUUAGUAUAAAUCGAACAAUUUUUUCAUGAAGUUCACUUACUAAUAUUGUUAAACAUGGGUGAGGGUGAAGGGACGCCACUGCUUGUUUCUGGUAGUAUUGCUGGUUUUAGAAAUGAGAACUUUGAAAAAGUAUUUAGACCAGUACUUGCCGAGUUUGUUGGUGUUACCGUAUUUGUGUUCGUUGGUACUAUGGUUGUACAAACAAAUGAUAUAGUCAGCAUCGGCUUGGCACAUGGUCUGAUGAUUGCAUUGCUUAUAAUGGGCAUAGGUGGCAUCAGCGGAGGACAUUUUAAUCCCGCAGUUACACUUGGAGUUGCACUUAACGGGGGUAUAUCAAUAUCUUUGAGUGUUCUGUAUUUCUUUGCUCAGAUGAUUGGUGGAGCACUUGGGGCAGCAUUUACCAGAGCCGUUCUUCCAUCACGCGUUUACCAUGGUGACAUUUCUAUAAAUGGUAUAAAUGGUGGAGCUCAUACACUAGCACCAGGCGUAGAACCGGGAUGGGCUGUUCUGUGUGAAGCUAUUUUGACUUUCGUUCUUGUUUUUACUGUACUAAUGAAUGCUCUAGAUAAAAGGAAUCAAGAUUCUGUUUUAACGCCGCUUGCUAUUGGUUUUGCUGUUGCUGUGGAUAUUAUGGGCGGGGGGAUGACCACUGGUGCUUCAAUGAAUCCAGCACGAAGUUUUGGACCAGCGUUGGCGGUAUCAACUUUUAACGACGAUGUAUGGAAACAUCAUUAUGUUUACUGGGUAGGACCAGCUCUUGGUUCUCUUGUGGCUGCUGGGAUAUAUAGGUUCUUGUUUCGUCGUUGAAAAGAAACUUCUGUCUCAUUAGAGAAUGAAAUGAAAUGAAGCCUUGCUGUUUUGAAAGAAGACGGAGUUUGCGAAGAUGCUCAGAAAUCCACUUUCUUUAAAACUGAUACUCAUAUAUUAUGCAUGAUAUUUUUUUUAUAAUACUUGUUAUGUUUUUGAAUAAAUUGGUCGUGGGAUGUGA